GGAGAAAAUAGUCCACAGACUAGCGCAUUAAUCCUCGAGCAAAGCUUCGUGUGCGUCACCUAUUUAUGACGUCAUCCAGACGCAGAGGGGCGUGACGUCAGCUGAAGCUUAUGGCUACCGAGCAGACGGACGUUAGGUAACUGUCACAUCCUCGCCAUCUUCACGAUCAUACUGACUGGUAGGAUACUGGGACCCAGUUCUCAGAACUGAAAGGGGAAACAGAAACAGGAGGAUAAGCUAUCAGCAUUUGCUCUAUCCAUGCCCGUUCAGCUUCUGUCAGAGUAACGCAGAAAACUAUUCCUGCUUGAGGGAAGGACAUUAGAACUUUAGGUCAAGAUUUAAAUGGUGGUCCCACACAACUUAUUCAAAAGACAGAGAGGGACAGUUAGAAGGCACCUUCCACCUCGCUGUACCAGACAACACCAGAAGUGGGGCUGAUAACACCACAGUCACUACAUCAGCAGGCUCUACCAUCACAUCUGCCCCAUUUCCAGCAAUUAAAACUCAAGAAGUUACAGUUGGACAAAUUGACACAAUGAACUACCAGACAGGAAUGGAUGGCUAUACCGCAAUGAACAGCACAUCGUUCUCAAGAACACGGGAAAAAGAAGAGUUACAGCGACUGAAUGAACGCUUUGCAUCCUAUGUGCAGCGUGUACGACAGCAGUCAGACCACAACAACCAGAUAGACUCUACAGCUCUGAUGAGGUCCACCAAAUUGUUGGAUGAUGAAAUUCACAACAUUAAAAACCUUUAUGAGACAGAACUGGAAAAACUGAGGAAAGAGCAAGAAAGCCUUCAGAAGGAUAAGGCAGCUCUACAGGUGCAGGAGAGCAAGCACUUGAAGUCUUUAACAGAUGCUCAGGACAGGUUGACGGUGGAAAUAGAGAGGAAUCGCAAACUGAUAGAUGAAAUUCAUAACUACCAGCUGAAGAUUGGGAGCAUGGAGGUAGAGAUUCAUGAAAUGAGGCUCAGCUCCACUAGACCUAUGGAAGAAAUUGAGCAGUUAAAGAGAAGUACUGAAAACCAGCUACGUGAAGCUGAGACAUGGAGACGAAGAUAUGAGCAUGAAAUAAUUCUUAACCGAGAGGCUGAAUCCAAAAUCCAGCAGUUGAAGCAGAAGUUGGAUUUUGACGAAAAAGUGAAUGACCAGCGCGUGGCAGAACUUCAGUCUCGUCUGGAAUCAGCAGCAGCAACCAUUCUUAACCUUGAGGAAAAACUUCAAGAUGUGAGCUUAACAGAUAUCUCUGUCCCAGAUCUUCUGAAGCAGGUUCAGCAUUCAGCUGAGGCAGAACUGAAAAGGUUUCAAAAUGAGUCAGAGGAAGAGUAUAAGAGAAAUUUGACAGUACUGAAGACUCAGAUAGACAGCAAUUCUGCAACUAUAGAACACCUAGAGACAGAAAAGAUUCAUCUGCAAAGGGAUAUUGCAGAAUUACAAGCAGGGACAAGAAACCUGGAGGGACAGGUGGCUAGCCUUCAACAUCAAAAGCAAACACUAGAAAAUAUUUUAGCAACAGAGCGUUGCAGAGCAGCAGAGAAUGCUCAGAAUCUGGAAAGGAAGCUACGCGAGGUGCAGGACCUCCUCUUCAACAAAAUGAAAGAAGUCAGCACUGCUCAGGAGCAGAACAUACCACUGAAAUUUGAGAUUGAUACCUUCAAAGCCUUACUGGAAGAAGAAGAGAAGCGGUUGAAAAUACCCUUGGCUUUCAUGAACACCCUGCCAACUCCAGCAGUGUCUACUCCAUCUUUUUUUGCUGCUUCUAAUGUACCACCAUGCAACAAUGCAAAUCUGCGAAGCCUGGGCAACAAUGCAAAUCUGCCAAGCCUGGGCAGUAAUACAAAUCUGCCAAGCCUGGGCAGUAAUACAAAUCUGCCAAGCCUGGGCAACUCUGCACCUAUGUCAGCUUUUCCCGCCACUUCAUCCGUACUUCCCUACAGCAACGCAAAUGUAACAACCCGAAGCAACUCUACAUCCACCACAGCAGCAACUGCAGGACCCACUGUAAACAUCAACUCUGAAGUUUCCAUCCCACCAGUGCUAGAUUCCAGUCUUCCUGAAGCUCUUCAGGCUGCCCCUAUCCCAUCGGCAUGUUUGGGUCCAUGUUUAACAAAUAUCCGGAUGACGAUCCUUGACCCCCAUGUCUUUGGCUAUGGCACUACACAACCUGGAAUCAACUAUGUGUAUGAAUCGUCUCCUAGCCUUAACAGACUGGAGGCUGAGCCAUCACUUCACAAUAUAAAUUCAGCUCGUGUCAAGUCUGCUCCAGCUGGACGCAAACACAAUCUAAACUUGGUAUCCACUUCCUUGGGUCAAGGCCAUGACUACUUUGAUGAGAUGUUCCAUGAUCUUGAACAGGACACCUUGACAACCAGUGUGCGUCCCAAGACCAGUCCAGUGCCUUCAACAUACAAUGACUACAGAGUGUCGACAACAAGUGCCACUGGGGACAUCAAGAUAUCUGAGGUCUGUCCAGAUGGCACAUACAUCUCUCUCUAUAAUGAUGGUGUGGAGGAGGCAGAGAUAGGUGGCUACAUGAUACAGCAGAAUGUUGGAGGCCACCCAGUGUCAGUCUACCGUUUUCCACCACGCACCAAGUUCACUCCUUACUCCACCAUCACUGUGCAUGCUGAUUCCAGUAACAACAAGCAGCAUAGUCCACCCACCAGCUUUGUCUGGAAUGAGCAGCAGAAAUGGGGCACGGGCCCCGAGUGCACCACCAUUCUUUGUCGACCAAAUGGACAGGCUAUUGCCUGGACAACAGCUGCUCACCGAUUUAACAGGGAUAGUUUCCAAGAGCUGCCAAAAGAACAUAACAGUGAUGGUGUCAAAGGGACAUCUGACAGUGAUAGAUGUGGAGAUGGGGAAGAUGACGAGAAUGCCAGCCUGACGGAGACAAUGUUGAAAGACUGCAGCACAAGGGCAGAACCAGUUUGUCUCAGACGAGAGAAACAGCAACCCCCAUCUCUUGUAACCAACAAACAUCCGCAUGGUGCCAAUGUGUCUUCAGUCACUCAUCCACAUGCAGGUCAGCCUCGCAUCCAAAGCACCAGCAGGUUAAAUCCUGCACCAGGACAGCCAUACACUGGGGGCUUAGUACCAAAACUGGCAGCGCCUCCACCAGAAAUUUCAGAAUUCUAUGAAGAGAUUGAUAGCCCAGAAAUAAGCAACUGGAAUGUAUCUGAGAAAGCAGGGCCAAGCCAUCAAGGGCCACCCACCCCUUUUCUAUCCCCUCUUCAGCAGGAGUUUCACCAGAUUGUCAGCUCACGAGGCUCAGCACUAGACAGACUGGGCGAGGUCUCGGAGGCACCCAGUCCCUUUAUGAAGCCUCAGAAGCGGCUUGAGACUGGGAUUCAACAGCUACAGUCACAACAUCACAUAGACUUCCUUCCUCCCAUGCCCCGCCCUCCCCUCUUUUCUACUUGGUGAGCUAGAAUCUGUGCACCAGGCAGGGCUAGUUCAUUUUCAGUGGGUGCCGAGUUGUGGUGUAAGCAGGCAUGAAUGGUGGCAAAAGCUGAGGAAGACAUAGUAAAUGUAUUUAAUGAAAUUUUGUCAUUUUGCCAAGAGUAAUGACACAAGUCAUCUAAAUGUAUUUAAAUUGCUUUAAAAAUGAAAAAAACUGAAUGACAAUUCUUUCAGACAAGUAAACUUUCUCGAAGCCAGCUGUGCCCAUAAGAAAAUUUGCAUCUUCAAAUCUCAGGAUUAUAUUUUUUUUUUGGAGAAUGGAAAUGUAGUGGUGCAUGUCAAGAUGUCUUAGUUUCCUGAGGCAAACAUUUCUCUCCCACCUGUCAUGGUUUGAUGUGUAUGACAAGCAACGGGUGCAAUGCACAAGUGUUUGUAUUUCCCACCACCAGGCUGCACAGGUUUAUGGUCUUUUUUCUUGUAUGGAAAGGAAAUAUGAACACUCAUCCAGCUGAGCCAGGAUACUAAUGAGUGAGGUCACAAAAUGCCUAGUAAUGACCUAAAGUUACGAAGCUGCACAGACACAGCUGGUAGGCAACAACCAGUCUUGACAGUUAACAUGAAAAGUACUAGUACGUAAAGACCGAGUAUUGGACAAGAUAUUUAACAUGCCUUGCUGGUUUUAUAUAGAGGUAAUGAUGUUCUGCACAAACUAGUAUUACUUAUUAUUAUUGUCGGUGUCAUUAAAAUAAUCUCUUUAAGUCUUUACUGGACCUAAGAAAAAAAUAGCUUUACUCUUAUGGAGCUGUAUGUGUGAUAGCUGUUAAUCUGCCAAGCAACACAAGAGUGAAAGGUGAGAUGUGAAAUAACUCCUAAUCAUUCUGAUAACCAUUCUUUGGAUGACAUCCUUUUCCUGCCAAAAGCCAAAGAUCAAAUGUACAGUGUCUUCAAUAAGAAUAGCUCAUGACUGUGAUAAUUACAGCAUAGCAUUUUAGCUAUUAGAUAUGAAGUUUUCUGGUUGAUUUUUUGAGAGCUUUUUAAUGGACCAUAAGCCACCUUGGCCUUUAUGAACUACAUACCAUUUUUAGUCCUUUUAUUUACAAUCUAAACCAAAUAUUCAUAAGCACAUUAUUCCAGUACUAUAUUAGACUAGAAUCGUUUUUCGAUUAUAACUCUGUGACAAAAAAUACAAUGUUCAUGUGUGUUUUUUAAGAUUAUCCUGCUAUUCUAUAUAUAGAACUGAUGCAAUGCUCUUGCUAAUGACUAGACUUAGUCUUGUACAAUACUAAUGCAUGUCUGGCUUGCCCUAAGCAGAGAAGAAAUGUAGAUGUUGGUUAAUGUCUAUGUAAAGUACAUGAAAAGCUAUUAUAAGUGCCUUCAAAUUGCUAUCCCAGCACAUACACACAAAAACCAGAACUGAGACACCAUACAAGUCCCAAAGAGGAGAAGAUGAAAAGCACAAGGGUAGUUUGGGAACUCAUAUGCUUAGGCUUUUUGCUUCAUUUAUAUAGAAUAUUUAAUAAUCAGGUUCUGUAUCAUCAGCUUUCUUUAUAGUAGACCUUCUACAACUAUAGUCUGUCCACAGCCUUUAUUCUGUGUAGAAUACUUGAUAAUCACCUUCUGUAUCCUCAGCUCUUUUUUUAUAUUAUGUACACGCACAUGCAUAGCCCUAGGUCAUAACAGUAAAGCAUUUGGAAAAUGCUU